AUGAAUGUCAAUUCAAAAAUUGUUGCAUUAUCUCUUUUAAAAUGUCGCCCCGCAUACAAUAUUAUUCAUCAUCGUUGUCUAGCAUCAAAGAGGCCAACUCUUUAUGAAACAAUCAAAGUCAUUGAAUGUUCGACUGAUGUUUUUGUUCAACCAGCUGAAACAUUAUUCGUAUUUCCUAAUAGGAAAAGUGUCUUCGGUGGUCAAUUAAUUGGUUCGGCAGUAUAUGCAGCACAAAAAACACUUACAAAAGAUUUUCCAUUACAUAGUCUUCAUGCAUAUUUUUUAACAGCAGCUGAUAAUUCAUCUCCUAUUACGUAUGCAAUUUCUCGAUUACGCGAUGGUCAAUCAUUUGAAACACGAAGCGUAACAGUUAAACAAGACAAUCGAAUAGUAUUCGAAUGUUCAAUGAAUUUUCAUAAAAGAGAGAAGGGCGAUAUGGAACAUCAAUUACAAAUGCCUCAUGCUGCUGUUCCACCGCCUGAACAACUUCUUUCAAUGAAUGAUCAUUUUACUAAUCUUCUUAAUGAUACACGUGUCAAGCCACAAAUUAAACCAUUAAUUGAAAAUGCACUUCAAAUGCCAGCACGUAUUGAAUUACGUUAUUGUAAUCCACGUGAUAUACUUGAUCCAGAGCCAACAUGGCCGGCACGACAAUUUGUUUGGAUAAAAUCAUUGGAUCCUCUACCUGAUUAUUCGCAUAUACAUCGAUCAGCUGUAGCUUAUUGUAGUGAUCGUGUUUUAUUAGGUAGUGCCUAUCUGCCCUAUGCUGUCAAUGGUAUUAGUCGAAGAAUUAAGAUGCAAGCAUCACUUGAUCAUUCCAUGUGGUUUCACGAUGAUUUUAUUUUUGAUACAGAAGCUGAAAGCGAUUCAACAGAACAGAAUACUUCAUUAAAACCAAUUAAACGCAGUUCAGAUAUACCACCUGUUCCAGUUAAAGUACAUGUGCGUGCCGAUGAUUGGCUAUUGUAUGAAUUAGAAUGUCCAAUUCAUCGAAAUAAUCGAGCUUGGAAUUUGGGUCGAGUAUGGACUCGCAAUGGACGACUUAUUGUAACAUGUGCUCAAGAAGGCGUUAUACGGUCUUACUGA